AUGAGCUCCUCCUCCACUACUGUACCCAAACCCAAACAACUAUCCAUCAAGAUCGGUGGUAGAAGAUCCAAACUAGCGGUUGCACAAUCUGAAACAAUCCAAAAACUAAUUCUCUCAAAAUUCCCCGACGCAGAAUGUCCAAUCUUCUCCACUCAAACACUAGGUGAUCAAAUUCAAUUCAAACCAUUAUUCUCCUUCGGUGGUAAAGCCCUUUGGACCAAAGAACUAGAAGACAAACUAUAUCAUGAUGAUCCCCAGGAAAGAUUAGAUUUAAUAGUCCAUUCUUUAAAAGAUAUGCCAACUUUAUUACCCGACGGGUUCCAAUUAGGUUGUAUCACUGAAAGAUCUGAUCCACAAGAUUGCCUAGUAAUGCCCCUAGGGUCUCCAUAUAACUCUUUGAAUGAUUUGCCUGAUGGGGCUAUAGUGGGUACUUCAUCUGUGAGGAGAUCUGCUCAAUUGAAAAGGAAAUUCCCAACUUUGGUGUAUAAGAGUAUUAGAGGGAAUAUUCAUACUAGGUUGGAUAAAUUGGAUGAUCCACAGAAUGAAUUUCAAUGUAUCAUAUUGGCUGCUGCUGGAUUGAUUAGAAUGGGGUUGAGUCAUAGGAUUACUCAGAAAUUUGAUUCAGAAACAAUGUAUCAUGCUGUUGGGCAAGGUGCGUUGGGUAUUGAAAUUAGGAAAAAUGAUGAUAGGAUGAUGGGAAUACUGAAGGAAAUUUCUCAUUUGGAAACUACCGUUUGUUGUCUUGCUGAAAGAAGUUUGAUGAGAACUUUGGAAGGUGGUUGUUCUGUCCCAAUUGGAGUGGAAUCAAAUUAUGACAAAGAUUCUAAAUUAUUGAUAUUGAAAGGAAUAGUAAUUGAUGUAGAAGGUAAAACUGCAGUGGAAGAUUCUCAUCAAAUGGUUAUUAAUGAUGUUGAAAGGGAUACCAUUGAAUGUGGGAAAAUUUUAGCUGAAAAAAUGAUCCAUAAUGGUGCAAAGAAAAUUUUAGAUGAAAUUAAUCUGGAUAGAGUUAUUCAAUAG